AUGGAAACCACUAAAAGUAAAUCAAUCUUUAUUCACGCUGGAUAUGCUUAUAUUGUUGAUAAAACAUCGGGUGAUAAAACAACAUGGUGCUGUGAUCGAAAACGUCAUGGGCAGUGCAGAGGAAGAAUACAUACAAUUAACGACAGUGUCGUUUUAUCGAUCGGCGAACACAAUCAUGAGCCAAAAGCAGAGGCAGCUGAAAUGAUAGCGGCAAGAACGCAAAUGGCCAGUGAAGCAAAAAUGACAAGUAAAAAAACUCAUGACAAUAUUGCAACUGAUAUCGAUCGAUUGUCAAGACAAGCUGUAAAGUCGAAUUCAUCUCAUCAUGAUGAUGGUUUAUUAGAUAAAAUACUUAAAAAAAAAGAAACGAUUGAAGAAACAAAGAAAAAACAUGAAGAUCUUGAAUUCCAAUUAAUGGAAUUAGAAACUAGAUGUGAAGCAGAAUUAGCAGAAGCUGAAGAAAAUUUUAAAAAUGAACAAGAAAUUGUACAACAAAAUUCAAAAAUACGACAGGUAAAAAUUAGCAAAUCUCUAUGUAUAAAAUAUAAUCUAAAUGAAAAUUGUAUAUGUAUUAAA